AUGUUAUACGAAGAGGACGAUUCAGCUGAAUUAGAUGCUAUAAUUCGCGAAUUACGAGAAUUUAAAAUUCAGUUUGAAGGUUCUUCCAAUUCAGUACAAUCCUCCUCCUCUUCGCCUCUAUUUCAUUUACACCAUUCACUCAAACAUCGAAAUAUGGAUUCAGUUGAAUGUCUGCCAAAAACACUCUCUUCUUCAUCAUCGUCUUCGUCAGCUUCUUCAUCUGCCUCGUGUGUUUACGAACUUCGUACAUUAGAAGAUCAAUUAGAAGCAGCAUUAGCCAGUUUAACAAUGACAGUUAAUGGUAUGGAUACAUUGAAAACAAAUGAAUAUUUUUGUACAACAAAACAAAUACAGGAUUUUGCUCAGCAACAACAACAACAACAACAACGUUCUUCGAAUAGUAGUGCAUGUAGUAGUGGAUUAGGAGAUGAGAUAACAAAUGGUCUCGAUGAAUCAUUACACAUGUUCAAUGUUGAACAUCAACACAAUGUCGAAAUGCAAGAAAAUAUAUCUGCAACACUCGUAACAGUAAAAGCAGAUGAUUGUGAUUCAGCAUUUUCUGAAAGUGGUUCAAUACCACCAAAUGGAAUUUUAAAAAUUAAUGAUGAUACCUUAACCAACCGAAAACAUAUGGCUAGAGAAACAUCAAAAAUAUUAGUGCGAACAUGCAAUGAUGAUGGAUCAACAAAAAGUAUACUUAUUGACGAAACAAUGACAAUUCGAGAUAUUUUGUUUAUUCUUGUACAUAAAAAUCAUCGUGAACCAGAUGUCGAUUUUUCAUUAGUCGAAAUUUUACCUGAUUUACACAUGGAACGAAUAUUUGAAGAUCAUCAAAAAUUAACAGAAGCCAUUUUGAUGUGGCCUAGUAUAUCAACAAACCGUUUGUUAUUUACGAAACGAACGGAAAAAUAUGCACUAUUUCAAACGGUAUCCUGUUUGAAUGAAAAGUUGGAAAAGAAUGGUUUAGUACUGAAUCAUCCAAUAGAAAAUGAUAAUUUAUAUGAUGAAUUAUUUAAAACUCCGGAUAUUGAGGGUAUUAUUUAUUUGAAAGAAAAAUCGAGAAAAUCAUGGAAAAAACAUUUUUGUGUAUUACGUUCAUCCGGUCUCUAUUACAUACCUAAAGGAAAGAGCAAAAAAGAUCUUGUUAGUUUGGCAAAAUUUGAAAAUGUUGAAUUAUUUUUUGGUGUUGGCUGGAAAAAAAAGUUUAAGUCACCUUCGGACUAUUGUUUUGCGUUAAAGCAUCCAUUAAUACAAAAAAAAAGUUCAAAAUAUAUCAAAUAUAUGUGUGUAGAAACCAAAAAAGAGUUUGAUCGAUGGAUAGCAAGCAUUAGAAUAGCUAAGUUUGCACGUCAACUUCAAUUAAAUUAUUUUCUUAUGCAAAAGGCAAUGAAUAUGUACAGAUCAUCAGGACGCUUUGCUGCUGUAUGUGCAGCUCGUGGGAGAGGUGAUCAGAUAGACCACGACUGUCCACCAACACCUUCGAUGUCUAAAAAAGAUAAUCAUCAAAACAACAAUAAAAUAGUGCAAUGUCAUGAAAAAGUCAACAUCAAUUCUCACAUUGAAAAUGAUAAUAAAAUAUCAGAUUCUUCUUUAUCAACAAAUUCACCACUUCCGUCCGAAAUAAAUUCAUCAAUAAAAUCAGCUAGUUAUAUGGACGAAUUGCGACAACGUUUAGAACGGGUUUUAUCUGAUCCGACAUCGCCGACUGCUAUUAAACAACAGAAUAUUGAGAAUACUCCAGUGGAAGAUAAAAAUCAUUCAUUCGUCAUUAAUCAUAAUCCUCAUCAAACAACUCGUCUAUCGGGUUUACCUGUGUCAAAAUCAUUUCGUUUACAACCAUCUUCAACAACAAAAAAUGAUAAUGUAUUCAGUUGUACAAACGAACUUCGACAACAUCAAACUCACUCCUAUCGUCUACCAGCAAAUAAUAACAAUAGUAGUACUUUAAAACCAACUUUACUCAAAAAGCCAAAUGAUGAAACGUUCAUAUCCAAUACUGAACCAUCCAAAUGUCCGAUAAUGAAAUCGCGAUCUCAAGUACCAUUAAAAAAUACUACCGAAACAUCAUCAUUAUCAACGAGAUGGAAAAAUCGACCAACAGUUGCACCACCAAAAUUAAAACAACAAACAUCUUUAGAUAUGAACGGAUCUAAUACAAAAUUACAUCAACAAUCAACAGAAAACUUAUCAAAACUAAAUGUAUCAUCGUCAAUUGUUGCAUCAACACCUUUACCGAGAAAACAGUUACCAUUUCAAAUGUCUGAUAAAACUUUCUCAAUGUUAAAUGGAUUCAAACACAAACAGAAUAAUAGUAACAACAAUGAUGAACAACAAAUGAGUAGAAGUUUCAUCAUACAAACCACCAAACAUGCUGGUAGGUAUUUUAUCUUUAAUAACAGCAAUAUACGAACUCUUAUUGUAAUUACCUACACAGAACUAACAUCUCAUACUUUAUCGUUUGAAUAUAAUAUUAAUGUCUUCUAUUUAGAUCGACAACGUGCAAACAAUUCAUCUGGACAGUCUAAAACAGAUUCAUUAAAUCUUGACGAUACUGAUCUGCUUCCGUUACCAUCACCAACGUUCUUAGAAGGUUUAAAUGAACAACAUCAACAAAAAAAACUUAAUCAAUCAGCCAUAAUUAAUUCAUCUUCUUUGAUGCAACAUAACGGUGAAAACAAAACAUCAACUGAAAAACUCUCAUCAAUUUCACCGCCUCGAAUACAAACAACCACGACUAAUUUUUCAAUUUUAUCGAAAUCAACGACUUCCACUCAGCAGAAACAAGAUCCAAAUAAACUAGGAAAUAAAUCGAAUUCAUAUAAAAAUACAACGACAAUAAACAAGAAGAUGACAUUAAACGACAUAAAAAAUCGACGAAUUCAACCGUCCGCUCCACCAACGACAUCUUCGUCCUCUUAUAUUCUUAAUAAUCAUAUGGAUACGAAAAAAAUAUUUGCUAACAGAAUUUCAUCAUCAUCUCAACAGAUUCGAUUAAGUAAAUCUCACACAACGACAAAUGUCACAGCAUCGAUUUCAUCAUCAUCGCUAAAUAAACAAAUAACACCCAUGACACCAGUCAAACCUGUUCCACCAGUACCGCCAAGAAAAUCGAGUAUUCCUCGUCCUUCCUUUGCUAAUCAAUUGAAACCAUUACCACCACAACGUGAUUUAACAACAUCAUUGAAAAUUGUUAGUCACUUUUAA